CGUUGACGUUAGCUUCAGGUUGUGUGUUCGCACAUCGAUCCUGCUAAAAAUAAGCGCCAUGAAAACUGUUUAAAGUUAGGUAGCAACUGAGAACACGAUUUUUUUCGUUGCAAAACGCGGAGGAUCCGCUCACAACAAUUACAAGUUGAAGAUGGAGCCUCUGGAUCCUACCAAGAAUCUUGAAGGCAGCGGAUUUUCCAAACGACGUAUUUCCUCGAUUUUAAAAGCACCACGGAAAUCAACCAGAUUCCCUGACCCAGAGCAACAGGAAAAUGUGGUGGAAUGUGCCAAACCAGUGGAAAAGAGGAAUUCGAGGAGAGUCAGCUUUGCCCCUGCCAAUGAUGUUCUCCUGUUUUCUAAGGAUGCCAAAAAUGCCUCCCCUGGCCAAACUCCUUUACAAGAGUUAGGAACAGCAGCAGCAGACACCACACAGAACAGGAUCCAGGCGGCCGUCACUGAUGAUGGGAGCCAACAAAUCCUGGGUAUGGAAACCCUUUUGAAGGCCCCUCUGCAUACUUCUCAACAAAAGGUCAACUUUGACACGAUGGAUGACUUUGGGGAGAAAACGGUGAUGUUUUCUACAGAGGAUGCAUUCAUGGACAUGACCCACAGCCACACUAUAAACAUUGCCAGUGAUUCAGAAAUACUUGGAGAUAUUUCCCUUCAAAACUAUGGCAUUUUACCCACUGGCAAGGAGAAAAGAGGCAUGAUCACUGUGGGUGAUGGAUUCACAGAUAUGACCCUAAGUCAUACUGUAAACAUGACCAGUGGGUCACUAACUGCAAGCAGGAACAUGAGUUUAAGCGAAGAGAAGAGAAACGUUUCUGCAUCAUUGCCUUGUAUGGAUCCUGGAUUUGAAAACUUCCUUGCAAGUCUGUCUAAACCAAGUGGUCCCAGCAUUAACGUCACCAGAAUGGCAGCGUCGGAUGGAACAUCCUCUGGAGAAGCAAGCAGCUCACUGGCCCAGAUUAAAACGCAAAGAGCCGAUGUAGAUAAAGAAAAUCAGGCUCCCACUUGUGUUUCCGCUGUGCUUGAAAAGUCACUAAAUAACAGCAGAAGAAUCAGAGAAUCCUUUUACGGAAGCGCACUAUGUCCAAAAGAUGAUGUGACCAUGGAUUUAACUGAAGCUCAGACAGGCCGCAUUCUGGGAGUCAACGACGACGAUGAUGAUCCUUUUCAGUGUCUUUUUCCUACUCAAGACAUGUACGCCCACUUUGACAAGAGAGUAUCACCAACAGCAGAGAGGAUGAAGACCAACCAGCAGCAGAGCAGUAGAACCUGGGGAUCAGCUGAUCCUAAAGAUAAGAAACCCCUGAUGAACUAUCUUCCACAUGCUCCUCAUGCAACACAUAAGGUCAGCUCUGAUGCAAAACCUGAAUGCAGGGAGAAGACAAUAGUGUUCACUGCAGACGAGUUGAUGGACAUGACUCAGAGUCACACAGUGAACAUUGCCAGUGGUUCAUUCGCUCCUGACCAAACAUCAGCAAGUAGUUUUGAGCCAGGAUUUAAUAACUUUCUCGCAAGCCUCUCUAAACCAAGUGACCCCAGUAGUGAUCCUGUGAGUGCCAGAAUGACACCAACUGCUGCAUUGUCUUCUGCUGAAACUACCAACACAAUUGGUUCCCUGUCCCAGCUUAAAACACCAAGGGCUGAGGUCGAUAAAGAAUAUAUGUCGCUAAGCACAAUCUGCCCUGAAGAUGACGUGAGCAUGGAUAUGACAGAAGCUCAAACAGGACGCAUUAUUGGAGGCAUUGGUUUAGAAGACCCUUUUCAGUUUCUUUUUCCCUCACAAGGCAUAUUCCCCCACUGUGAUAGUCUGAAGAGUCCAGAUAUUCCUCCAGGACAACGGAGCAGCGAGGCAUCUAACUAUAAAGGAAUGGAAACCUCAUUGAAGCCAUCUUUAAAGGCAGAAGUGCAAAGACAUCAGGACAAACUUGACACUGAAGAUGACUACAGAGAGAAAACAGUGAGGUUUUCUGCAGAUGAUGCCUGUAUGGAUGUGACACAAAGUCACACUGUCAACAUUGCCACUAAUUUCAAACUGCAGUCGCAUCAAAAUAUGGACUUUUUACCCCCAUGUGGAGAGAAAACUUUGAGGUUCACUACAAAUGAUGCAGCUAUGGAUUUGACCCAGUGCCUCACUGUGAAUAUUGCCAGUAAUUUAGCAUCAAAUCCCAGUCUUCCUCUGAAGAAACAAGAAGCUGAGACUUUUGGUCCACUUAGAAACAGGUCUUCAUCAGCACACAGUUUGAAUCCAGCAUCUAAUAACGUCCUGCCACCUCUCUCAAAACCAAGUGACCCCAGUGUCAGUAAUGUGGUGGCAAGAAUGAUGCCAAAUGCAGCAACAUUCUCUAGCAGAGGUACAAUCUCUUCUGAGGAUGACAUAAACAUGGACUUAACUGAAGCUCAGAUAGGUUGCAUUUUGGAAAAUGAUGUGUUCAUGGAUAUGACGGAAACUCAGACAGGCCGAAAUAUAGAAACCCUAGGCACAGGUGAUCCUCUUAAGUGUCUUUUUCCCAACAAAGACAUGUAUCCUCAAAGUGGUAACCUGAAGCAGGCAGAGACGACUUCAAGUCAGCAGAACACUGAAGCACCUGGACCAUCUAACUGUAAAGGUAUGGUAACCUCAUUCAAGCCUUCAUUAAAGACUGAGAUGCAAAUACAUCAGAAAACAGUCAUGUUCAGUGUCAAUGAUGCAGCUAUGGAUGUGACACGAAGUCACACUGUAAACAUCGCCACUGAUCUGAAUCUGCUGUCGCGCCACAGUGUGGAAUCAUUACCUGCUAAUGGAGAGAAAACUGUGAGGUUCACUGCAAAUGAAGCAGUUAUGGAUGUGACACGAAUCCACACUGUAAACAUUGCCACUGAUUUUGAACCAAAGUCGCAUCAAAAUGUGGACUUCCUGCCUUCAAAUGGAGAGAAAACGGUGAGGUUCACUGCAAAUGAUGCCACCAUGGAUAUGACCCACUGCCACACUGUAAAUAUCGCCAGUAGUGCAGCAUCAGAGUCAGUUUUACCACAACAUGUUCUACUUCCUGAACAAAACAUGGGCUUUCCUUCUGCUGUAAAGGAGAGAAAAAGCAAAACCGCUCUGCAAGGAAACAGAUUGUCAGUACAAGCUUUAGAUCGGGACCUUAAUAAAUCCCAGUUAAAGACGAGUGAGCCCUCUGCUAAUUCUAAAGGUGAGGCCACUGAUGCUGGAUUUUCUCAAGAAGCUGUUGAUUCAGUUGGCUUUCUGGUCCACCUUGAAACGCAGAAACCUGACAUGUAUAAUGAGAAUGAAGCUCCAGGUUUGGUGUCAGCUCUCACAGAGAAGCCAGUAAAUAAAAGAAUGACAGACUGUCUACAAAUGAAUGCAAGCAUGGAUAUGACUGAAGCUCAAACAGGCUACAUUUUGGAACAAACAUGCACGGAUGAGUCCCCUCAAUUUCUUUCUUCCUCACAAGAUCGUAAUUCUGAACUUCUGAAGAAAACCAAGGUGACUUCACCACGAAGCAAAGAGGAAUCAUCCAACCCUGAUGAUGUGGAAAUCACAAAGCUAACACAUUCUCUUGAUUCAAAUGAAACCGAGACCAAGAAAGAACCUGAACCAAGUGCUGCAGCUUGUUCUUUAUCACAGAAGAUGGAAAGUUCACCCAGUGCUGCUGACCAAGAUGCUGAUAUGUUGUGUUCACGGAAGUCUAGAAGAAAGAGCUUAGCAGACCUCCAGUCAAAAGUAAGGCGUCUGAGCCACAUGAUAAAUGCAGUUCCUGAUGUUGCUGCCAUUGAUAGCUGUACAGCACCUUUGCCUGAGCUGGACCAAGACCUGGACAAAAAGUCAAAAGACAAAACCAUCCCCCUCCCGGAAUUGGAGCCAGAGCCAGAGCCAGAGCCAGUGGUCGAAAUGAAUUUGGUAAACACUGAAGAGAAAGCACAAGCUCAGUGUCUUACACAAGAAGAGCAAUCUUCUGCAAGUGCUACUACAACUCCUUUCAAAUUGAAGACUCAACAGCUUAUGUCAAGACUCUCAGUGGGAGGGUUUAAGCCGAAACUCCCCCAAAGAAGCAAACCUGAUGAUACAAAGAAGGGGAGUUCUGCUGGAGAACAUACAAGGACAAUUACUGUCAAUGUUACCCAUCAUAUGAGCAACUUUGACAAUGAUGUGAGCGACAUCUACGAUGAAGAGCUGGGUAGUUAUGAAGAUGUGUCAGAAACGCUGGAUACCAGGAGUCCUGAGAAAACACCUGAAAAAGAGAGUUCUUCCCAUGAGUUCAACAUGGUUGAGCCUUUGGAGGAAGAUAUGUUUGAAGAAGAUGUUAUGAGUACCAGCCAUGGACAGAAGAGGCCUUUGCCUGAAGAUGAAAACGACAUGGAAGAUGAGAAGAGACUGAAGGCUUCCCCAGAGACUGCUGAAAUGGUGCUGCAGUCGGAUGUUGCAGAGUGUGAGAGUAACGUUACUACAGCUUACUCCAACAAUAGUCACACAGCCAGCAGCAGAUGUGAGGCUGCAUCUGAGUCCACUUUUAAACACAGCCUGUUUGAAUCCCAGCUUGAAGACUAUGCCAGUGAUGCACAGAAGAAACUUGAAGAUGGCACCAUUACAGUGUUAGAGUUCUUCAAACUCUUCAACAUCGACUUUGUCAUCCAUAAUCCUCGACAAAGUGUCCUUCCAGGCAGACUUUUGUCAGACACAGAUGCCACAUCGAUGGACCUAUUAAAGGACAGGCAUAUCAGCCGUCCAAAACAGAUGGUCUAUGAGGCAGAUGUCCUGACUCUCACAGAAGAGGUGGAAAGGUUGAAGGUCCGAAUGUGGGAUCUCGACAAACCUCUCAAGACUGUUAAUCGACCCUUGUGGGAAGAGAUGAAAUAUUCUUCAGAGAAAGAGCUCAAGUGUUUUGGUGCCAAACUAAAAGAGAGAAAUAACUUCUUCCGGAAAACGAGCAAAGUUCAAUCACAUGAAAUGAAGGAGGUCCUGUACUCAAAUCUCGUGCAGGCUAAUUUGGAGGAGCAGCAGAAAUUGAGAGGAACAAUUGAGCAAGCAGACGAGAUGAUAAAAAGCUUGGAUGACUGCAUCCGUGAACUGGAAACAGAACUUUCUGCAGUUGAGGAAAAAGGCCUUGAAGAUAAACCGAGCCUGAAUUCACUGCAGAACGAGAUGAAGAAAGUCACUGACACUUUGGCCAGUAAUGAGAGACAAAUAUCUGAACUGGAGAUGGAGAAGAAGCAGUAUUCAAGCAAACUUGGCAGGCUGAAAGCUGAGACGAGGAACCUGGAGAGCCACAUCGCUGCGCUGAAUACGCUGAAUGAAUGGAGGAUCAAAGAGAGGAAGGACAACGGCACCAUCUACACUUUCCUCCAUGAGACAAUGCAUCUGCAGUUGGUAUAUGAAAAGACCAAUGGAAAUGAUGCUGAGUACGGGUCUGAGCGGAAAAUCGCCCACAUCGCUGUCAAAUUUGAACUUGACGAUGAGAAGUCACAGUGCCAUGCACGUAUUGUUCACAAACUGCUCUCCAAGUACAUUGAGGGAGAAUCUGCCCUGGUAGAGAAAUACCCAACAAGCAGACAUGUUCCAAAGCUGCUCCAUGACAUCAGCUUGGUGGUGAGUCGCUGUCGUCUGCUGGGUGACGAAUUGCGUCUGCUGAAAAUGUGGGGAGGCCUUCGACUCGAUAUACUGGACAUCAGCUGCAUGGACACUCAAGUGCACAUUGUCUUCAGCAGUCUCAAGACGUUUUCCAAGUUUGAGGUGGUCUUUGUCGCCAGUCUGAUCAACCAGCUCUGCGUCCUUCAAGUAGAGAGCUUCAAAAACAUCAUUGGAAGCACAACGAUCAAACAUGUUGAAGACAUCGUGGCGUCGUUCACUCCAGCUAAGAACCUCUUGACGAAGAUUGUCAAAAAGAUUCACGAUACUCUGCUCUGUUGAGACCAGGAUUACGUCCACUAUCGCAUUUUGAUUCAAGCUGUUUGUAAUCUGUUGUACAAUAUUCAUGUUAAAAGAUUUAAUACAUUAACUGGCUUUUUACAAAAAAAAUCAAAAUAAUAAUAAAUAAGUGUAGUGUA